AGAAUUACAAUUCUGGUAGGUUGGCACAUGGUAUGGGAUUUGACACGUUGCUAGAAUAGAAAGAGGAAAAUGAUUGAGGGGUGAAUUGCAGAGGCACACAUGGCUUUCGUAUUCAUGGUUGCCAUUUCUCAAUCUGUGGCUGUUGCCUCCACUUGCACGUGAAUAUCAAAUGCACUGUACAUAGCCCGUAAAAAUAUAUGAUACUAUGUUGCUGUUUAUAUACCAUGGCCCCUUCUCUGCUCUCUAUCUCUCAAUCUCUCCUCUAUCCUGGAAUCGCUCCACAACCGCGCUCUGGCAACCUUGAUCGUCCACAGUUUCCUACUUGGGUGCUGCGAUUUUUGGCUUUGCUGUUGGAAAGGGAACCGUGUCAAAAGUCUGCUAUGAGAAGAUGUGCGUGUUUGAACGUUCAUAAAGAUGAAAAGAGAAGAGUAUGAAUUGGGUUGAUUUUGGUGUUGUUGAUGGCGAAGAUUUUGGGGUGGGGAGGAUGUCAGGGGCGGGGCAAGCCGUGGAGCGGGUGGGGUUUGGGAAGAUGGAGAAGAGGCGUGCAUCUUCAGACUCAGAGUCAGAAACAGGGUGCUGCAACCCAGUGAGAAAGGGAGGGCCUGUGGGUAUGGACCAUGUUCUUUUGGCACUGCAAGAAUCCAAGGAAGAGAGGGAUGUUCGAAUUCGAAGCCUUUUCAAUUUUUUUGACUCGGCCAAUCUCGGAUAUUUGGACUAUGCCCAGAUCGAGGGUGGCCUCUCUGCCCUUCAAAUUCCUCCUGAGUACAAGUACGCCAAGGAUCUUUUAAAGGUAUGCGAUUCCAAUAGCGAUGGGCGUGUUGAUUAUCAAGAGUUCCGCCGCUAUAUGGAUGAUAAAGAACUCGAGCUUUACCGCAUCUUCCAAGCUAUUGAUGUCAAACACAAUGGCUGCAUUUUGCCUGAAGAGCUGUGGGAUGCCCUUCUCAAGGCUGGGAUUGAAAUUGACGAUGAGGAGCUUGCCCGUUUUGUGGAAAAUGUUGAUAAGGAUAACAAUGGAAUUAUAACUUUUGAAGAAUGGAGAGAUUUUCUUCUGCUCUAUCCCCAUGAGGCAACCAUAGAAAAUAUCUAUCAGUACUGGGGAAGGGUAUGCCUUGUAGAUAUUGGUGAACAGGCUGUUAUUCCGGAAGGCAUAAGCAAGCACGUACAUGCAAGCAAAUAUUUGCUUGCUGGGGGAGUAGCAGGAGCUGCUUCUCGUACUGCAACUGCUCCUCUUGAUCGCCUAAAGGUGGUUUUGCAAGUACAGACUACACAUGCUCGCAUUGUUCCAGCCAUAAAGAACAUAUGGAAGGAAGGUGGUUUAUUGGGGUUUUUCCGAGGUAAUGGAUUAAAUGUUGUGAAAGUUGCACCAGAAAGUGCCAUCAAGUUUUACACAUAUGAAAUGUUUAAAAAUGUCGUUAGAGAUGCUAAAGGGGAAGCGAAGGAUGAUAUAGGUGCUGCUGGCAGACUUUUUGCUGGUGGUAUGGCAGGUGCUGUGGCACAAACUGCUAUUUAUCCAUUAGAUCUUGUGAAGACUCGGUUACAGACGUAUACUUGUGAAGGUGGAAAGGUUCCUUAUUUGAAAACACUGGCAAGGAAUAUAUGGUUUCAGGAGGGACCUCAAGGCUUUUAUAGAGGUCUUGUACCAUCUGUUCUUGGGAUCAUACCUUAUGCUGGAAUUGACCUUGCUGCAUAUGAGACCUUGAAAGAUAUGUCAAAGACAUAUCUGCUUCAUGAUAGUGAACCUGGACCUCUUGUACAACUGGGUUCUGGGACAAUUUCAGGGGCUCUUGGAGCAACAUGUGUUUAUCCAUUGCAGGUUAUUAGAACAAGAAUGCAAGCUCAACGUACUAAUACGGAUGCUUCUUACAAUGGAAUGUCUGAUGUAUUUCGGAGAACCCUUCAACAUGAAGGUUUUAGAGGUUUCUACAAGGGACUCUUUCCAAAUCUUCUCAAAGUUGUGCCAUCUGCAAGCAUUACAUAUCUGGUUUAUGAAACAAUGAAAAAAAGUCUAGAUCUUGAUUAGGGAAUGUAGUAAACGUGCCCAAUGGCCACUAAGAUGAUUAAGCAUUGGUAUUACUGACGAUGAAGAUAACAAGGCAUGAAGAUAUGAAGAUACUAAAAAUAAGAUUACUAAUCCAGUAGCUGAUACACUGUUCAAAUUACAUGAUAGGUGGUAAUUACAUGUGGGAGCACAUGAUUUUGUAGUGAAGAAUGUUCUGGUUCCACAUUUGGCUGAACUAAUUGUUGAGAAACAAGAUUACACUGUGAA